AUGGCCAACCGAAAAGACAUAUUCCCUUUCUUCGAACUCCCUCGAGAAAUCCGCGACGAGAUCUACACAUUAUGCACAGCGACCUACGCUCUCUCCCAGAGCCCAUCCGCCAACGGUUUCCCUUCAAAACUCUUCAAAAUCACCGUCAACCACGCACCUCUCAAGGCCUUCCAACUAGUCAGCCGCCAAUUCCGCUUCGAGUACAUCCAGCGCACCUGGAAAGCCGCAGGCAUCAUCAUCCACGACCACUACGCCGCCCAAUCCCAGCUGCCCCUGCUCCCACAGUCCAUGAGUCGCUACCAUCUCCACGAGAUCCGAAUCAUCUACGCCACAGAGAACGACACGCGCCGGAAUACGACCUGGCUCAGGGAGCUGCUCAAUGCGGUCGGGUCGAGUAAUGUGGUGAUCAAGGCGUUCGUGGAGCGCAGUCAUUGGAUUAAGCCAGAUGUUCUACCGCAGUGCUACAGGAUUGGUUUGCGGGAGAUUUCUGAGAUUGGUGGUGUGGGCGGGAUUGAGGUUGUGACUCACGACACUUACCGCUUGCACUCCACUAUACCACCAAGGACAUGCUUCAACACCCUCGAAUUGCUAUCUGGACACCGACGAACACGGUACGGUUGGCAAAUCAACACUGCUACCGCGCGUACCAGCUCGUCAGCGCUGAUCGUCGACCGUCGACUACAACUCACAAAUCUCUACUCCGACACUAGCAUCAUGCAACCUGGCGACGGUACGGAGGUCGUCUCGAUCGUCCUCGCUGCCGCAUUGUCGAUCGUGAUCGGCUGGGCCAUCUACUCGCUCUUCUAUUCAGGUCAAGGCACGUGCAUCACCUCGAGUGCCGGCAACAAAGCAGCACCCAAGCGUGAGGAUAAGGACCCGAAGAACAUCUUUCCCUUCUUCAAGCUACCAGCCGAGCUGCGCGACGAGAUAUACACAUUGUCGACGGUCAAGAGGCAUGCCAAGCCCUCCAUCAUACCAAAUGAAGAGGAACCGACUACUUCGGACUUUCUGUAA